AGGCCGGAGGCUCGGAGCUGACCUCCCUCCCCUUUCUGCCACCAGGGAUACAUCAUGGACUUCUCUCAGCUCAUUUCUGCUCCCCAAAAUGGGAACAUUAUUUGGGGAGGUUGCAUGAAAUAAUAUGUAUGAACACGCUUGAUAAUUUGUCUUGUUAUGAUUAGAAUUAUUUCAGUUAUUGUACUACCUUUUCAUAUGUUCCAGGCUUUGCCCAUCCAUUUCCAACUGGUCAGAUUGCUGGACUCCCUUUCUCCAAAAUAAGCUGGUGGUUUUAAGCCAAAAUAUUUUACCUAGUAGUAAUAAUAUCUUAAGGAACCGAGUAGGAGGAUUAAGAGAGAUUUGGCAGAAAGUGGGUUUGAGAAGCAUGUUUGUAAGUUUGAAGGUGGCAGGUCUCUCAAGGCCCCUUGGAAGGAAUUAGGUUGAUCUGGGCUGGGCCUGGGCAUUACCCUGAUAACUCAUGCUGGACAAGUGAUACCAUCUGGGGCUUCCAUUCAUGGCUCUGCCCUUUUGAUCCCUGGCCUGGACAGAGCGGGAUGCCACCAGCUGGUCCAAGGGGAAGCUCCGUGAGUUCCUGGUGGGCGUCGUCAUGGAGAAUGAGGAGGCAUCCUCGCUGCCAGAUCAGUGAGCUGAAGCAGGUGGAAGGUAUAAUUAAAGAAUCUGGUGCAAAGCACAAGGGGUUGAUUGAAAUACCCAACCUUUCUGAAGAAAAUGAAGUGGAUGACACCGAGGUGAACGUGAGUAAGAAGAAAGGCGAUGGGGAUGUACUGAAGGAGCUUAUGAGAACGGUGGGCACCGCCCAGGUCAGGGAAGCCCUGGGAGAUUACCUGACGGCGCUGAAGACGGAAUUUAUAGUGGGGAUGAUUUUACCAACAAAAGCUACGGCAACUCAGGAAUUGACUAUUAAAAGGAAACUGAGUGAGAAUACCUUGCAGGCCUUGUCUCCAGUGCUAUUGGGUGUAAGGAUUCCCACUGUGGCGCUGCACAUGACGGAAAUGUUUGACACAGCUGUAGAGCAGCUGUACAGCAUCUUCACUGUGAAGGAUUUGGUGCAAAAAUUUUCUAAAUCUCCUGCCAUAUUAGAAGCUGAAAAGGAAGGGAAAUUCCAGAUGUUUGAUGGGAACAUCACUGGUGAAUAUAUAGAAUUGUUAACAAAUAAAAAGAUCGUCAUGAAAUGGAGAUGUAGGAACUGGCCAGAAGAACACUAUGCGACAGUUGCACUGAAUUUUGUGCCCACUCCAGGGACUUUACAGUUGGACUGUAAAGGCGUUCCUGCCUGUAAAGAAGAGAACAUGAAGUUCUGUUGGAAGCAGCAGCAUUUUGAAGAAAUAAAAGGUUUACUGCAGUUGACCACUUUAAAUGGUUGAAUUACUUAAAAGAUUUUGUAAGGACAUUACUUUUUGUAAGCAGAAAGUAUCAAGUUUAUGUCUUCCCUAUUCCUUUCAAAAAAGAAGACAAAAACUUUAUAGUGGAUGAAAUCCAUGAACUUUGCAGAAUUGAAAGUGAUGCCUGAGUCUUUACUACAACUAGACUUGGCAUUGAGUUAGCAGCAGCAAGCAACCAGAAUUGAAGUAUUGACCUUAACUCUCAUAGAUGCUCCUUGGGAAUAGACUGAAUCUCUGAGUACAGAUAGUUCAUUUCCCAAUCUAAAGCUUGUCCUUGUAGCAAGGUUACCUUCACCUGUAGUUUAGUUCAGGAAGAUAAGAAAUAAGUGGCAUGUUGCUACCAUUCCUUUAUUUUACUUCAGAGUUAAGGUAUGUAGCGCUUACCGUGUU